AUGGCAGGCUUCGCCAUCGUCCUCCAGGAGAAGCCUCUGGGCUUGGAGUGCGAGAGCCUUUCCUGGACCUGCGGGGCGGUGCUCCGCCGAGUUGAGCCCGGCACUGAGGCUGAGAAGGCAGGGUGUCGUGUGGGUGACCUCAUCGUCAAGAUUGGAGACUCUGAAGUGCUGCAGACACCCUUCGACGACAUUCAGGACCUACUUGCUGGGCCUCAUCCGAUCACCCUGACGCUCAGUCGGCCAAAGUUAAGUGAUAAGAUCUACUUGCGAGAAGUCCCGGCCGCAGACGAUGCACUGUCAAGCCUUUCGAGCAUGCAGCUGAGCUUGCAAGACUUGGUGCCACGCUUGAGCCAGCAUUUUGGCACAAAUUACUUGUACUUCUCGGAGAAGACUCCCAUGCUUUUUGCCGGGGAUGGAGGCACUGCAUCCCAUCUCCACAUCGACCGGAAGCCCUUGAUGCAAUUCUGCCAUGUGCUGCAUGGAACGAAGGUGUUUUGUGUCUCGCCGCCCGGAGAGGCAGCGACCCCAGGCCCGGUGGUUCCUUGGGAGGCGAACUUGGCACAGGAAGCCGUGCUCUCCACAGACAUGGAACUGCCGGCAGCGGCUGGCGAGUGGCUGCAACGGGAGGAUGUGACCUUGACUGUAGUCCGGCCAGGUGAUGUCUUCUUGUUUCUGGGCCACUCCCUCCAUGCAGGUUGCAACGGAGCAUCGGAAGCAUGUGUGGCUGUUUUCCAUGGUGCUCAGCCGAUCGCUUACAUGGCGCAGGGCGCCUUCGGGCCAGCAUAUCAAGUGCUGGCUCGCCAAAUCCUCUCGCGCUAA